AUGACUCCAGUAACAACACAACAUAAUCAGUCACAACAACAAAACCCGAUAAUUGAUAUAACUGACACAGCUCCACAAUUGCCCACAGCCCUAGGACUAAGAAUACGUAAUACGCAUAAGCAAAGUUCACAAAUCACAAUAAACACAAAUUCGCUACUUAAACAACAACUACGCGCUGGACCUAAAGAUGUAGAUACAACAACAAUGGGAAAUAAUAACAAACUAGGUGGAAACGGUUUAGAAAAUAUGAGCAACAAUGACGCAUGCUCAGCCCUGCAAUCCUUAGCCAGCGUAGCUGAAAGACAAGCACCCAAUACAAUACAACCACCAACAGCUAAUAAUCUGCACCAACAAUUCUUGUUGCAUUUAGCAACGAAUCCAAUGAUGAAAUCAAGUAAUGAUUUUUUCCAACAACAACAACAAUUGACCCAACAACAGCAGCUAGAAGACGAACUUGUGGUGAAUAAUUUGGAUUUGACUUUGGAGUCAAACGAUAAGUCUGAACCAGAACUGAUACUUGCAGAUGAAAAUGCAGGCCUGGAUUAUAAGCUACAUGAAAAUGGUGCUAACGACAGCAAUCUCCUGAGUAUAAAUGAAAGCACAUUAGAGAAGCAGACCACGAAUACACCAACAAGACCGAUACAAAGAAGGCGCAUACGCCGUAAGGCACAAUCUAGCUUAGAUGAUCAAGCAGAACACUUGACUGAGAUGUCGGUGCGUGGCUUAGAUCUAUUUCGUUAUGCCAGCAUCAGUGAAGGUGUUUAUCAGUGUACAGAAUGCGCUAAGGAAAAUGUGCAGAAGACUUUCAAAAAUAAAUAUAGUUUUCAACGGCAUGCUUUCCUCUAUCAUGAAGGGAAACAUCGUAAAGUUUUUCCUUGCCCGCUAUGUGGUAAGGAAUUCUCACGACCAGAUAAAAUGAAGAAUCAUAUGAAGAUGACACAUGAGAGUUAUACAACAAAGGAUAACAGUAAUUUUAAUCCACUCAAUUAUUUGAUAACAGCCGCUGCUAAUGAAACUCAUCCAACAGUUUAUCCGCCACAAACAGUUGGACAGCAACAACAAGCACACAUCUUAAAUGAAGCUACGACAGAUGAAUAUAUGGGCAUUAAUUUGACACAACAAAACUCACCAUUGUCACCUAAACCUGGAGUGGCUUUACUGAAAUUACAAAAUGAUAUUAUAAUAAAGAAUGAGAUUGUUAUUUCACCUUCACCGUCUCCACCACCUAAAGCUGAAAUGGAAACCACACAAAGGCUAGAAGAAGUCAAGUAA